AUGGGCGCAUUCUCCUUCCUCCGGAGCGUCUACGACCUCGACACCCUCGACACCCGCUUCACCAACUCGUCUGCCACCCCGUACAAGGCCAUCAUCGAUUCCCGCAAUGACCCCGGGGCGAGCAAAGAGCGUGCUGCGAGGUUCAACGGAGGAAAGCCCAAGCCGUCGAGAUGGAGAACACCAGAGUUCCUUCUCUACUGGCCUGUCGUCCUCUUCUGCAUUCCCUACAUGCUCUGGGUAGCAUAUGGGGUGUCAACCCCCUCAAACCCGCAGUAUAAGAAGUUCGAGCGCUACUUGUCCCCGGGUUGGAUACCGGGUCGCCAGAUUGACGCCUCUGAUGCCCAAUACAGGACCUUUCGCAACAAUCUACCUUACAUGCUAGCUCUGCUGGUCUUUCACCCCCUACUCCGCCGACUAUACAAUGCCGUGGUGUAUCCGAUCACUUCACGAGUUCCAUCUUCACGACCGACUCUGGAGGAGGGGGACGCCAGACUUAAACAACGCGCAUCCUUCGAUUUCGGCUUCGCAAUCAUCUUUCUUCUUGCCCUACAUGGCAUUUCGGCCUUCAAGAUUCUGGCCAUUCUGUAUAUCAACUACCAGAUCGCGACCACCGUUCCGCGAAAGUCGAUUCCGAUUGCGACAUGGGCUUUCAAUAUCGGCAUAUUGUUCGCAAACGACAUAUUCAAAGGCUAUCGUCUAGAAAAUAUAGCAUCGUUCGUAUCGAGCCCGGCAGGGGGUCUUGUUGGCGAAGAAACGGCCCUGGUAUCCUGGGGCAGAUGGCUGGACAGCUACGGUGGCAUCAUGAGCCGGUGGCAGAUUCUGUUCAACAUCACGGUGCUUAGACUUAUAAGCUUCAAUAUGGACUACUACUGGAGCCUGGACAGGCGCAGCUACAGCCCGCUUGAGAAGAAACAACUCGAUCCUUCCGCUCUUAGCGAACGAGACCGUGUCUCCAUACCAGCACAAUCGAAGGACUUCACCUUCCGGAACUACAUCGCCUAUACUAUCUACGCACCCCUAUACCUGACCGGUCCUAUCAUAACCUUCAACGACUACAUCUCUCAGCUCCGAUACAAGCCCGCCACCAUCGAGUUGUCGCGCACGAUCCGCUAUGGCGUGCGUUUUGCACUGACCCUCCUCACCAUGGAGGUCAUGCUUCACUAUGACUAUAUUCAGGCCAUUGCAAAAGCCAGCCCAUCGUGGGGAGAGUACACGGCUGCCCAACUCAGCAUCUGCAGUUUCCUCAACCUCCACCUGAUUUGGCUUAAACUACUACUCCCCUGGCGGCUGUUCCGGCUGUGGAGUCUGGUCGACGGUGUCGACCCUCCCGAGAAUAUGUUGCGGUGCGUGAGCAACAACUACAGCACGCUGGCCUUCUGGCGCUCCUGGCACCGCAGUUUCAACCGCUGGAUCACGCGGUACCUCUACAUCCCGCUGGGCGGCUCGUCAUUCGCCUCCCCGGGGAGCGUCCUCCGCUCCAUCGCAAACUACGUUCUCGUCUUCACCUUUGUGGCCUUGUGGCACGAUAUUCAGCUGCGACUGCUGAUCUGGGGCUGGCUGAUCGUUCUGUUCAUGCUCCCCGAGAUGCUGGCGCGUGUCGUGUUCCCCGCGCGGAAAUGGGAGAAAAACCCUACGGCAUACCGCAUGCUCGGCUGCGUCGGCGCCGUGGCCAACGACCUGAUGAUGAUCAUGGCCAACCUGGUCGGGUUCGCCGUCGGCCUCGACGGCCUGAAAAGCAUCAUCGAGGGCAUAUUUGGGGAUGUUUCCGGCUUCACCUUCCUAGUGUGUGCCUUGGGUGCCAUGUUUGUUGCCGCCCAGUUCAUGUUUGAGAUACGGGAGUCGGAAAUGCGUCGCGGCAUUUCGCUCAAGUGCUAA